AUGCCUAAAGGACCCACCGGCGAUCCGAAACAGCACCACGAGUCCAAGUUCAGCGAGAAGCUGCUUGGCUCUUGCCUAUGUGGUAGCAUCACCGUCACGAUCAACGACAGCGAGCUAUUCACCAAGAAGAGAGGACAUCUAUGCCAUUGUGCCAAUUGCAGAAAGGUUGCGGGCUCAUACGUCGCAAGCAACUUGUUGAUCGAGGCCGAGAAGGUUCAGAUAGAAGAUCGGGACGGCACUUUGAAGGUCUAUGAGGAUUAUGAGACACUCAGCGGCAAUGCUGUGUACAGAUCCUUUUGUGGAAAGGACGGAAAUCCGGUGAAGUCUGAGACAGCCCUAUAUCCCGGCAAGGUCGUGCUGAAGAUGGGCAUGUUCCCACGAAUCCCGCAGCCUGAGGCGGAAGGGUUUGGUCUGCACAAGCACGCGUGGCAAGGAGAACAUGAAGGCAUUGAUACGUAUGAGAUCAAGUGGGCAGGCCCCGAGAAGAAGUUGAUGUCGAAAAACUCUUGA